AAUAAUACAAUGGCUUAAAGGGUCCAAAGGCCCCUGAAAUUACAAAGGGAAUCAAAUCCAGGACCUAGAAAUUUUUUGCAUCAAAUUAGGUCCCUAGAAAAAAAAUUUUAAUUCAAUUAAGGCCAAAGUGUGCCAGAGCCCAAUUUUGUCCUAGUCAGCUUAUCCACGUGGCUUUUUAAAUUUUUUUUAAUUAGAAAAAUUAAUUAAAAAUAAAAUUUUAAUUUCAACUCACUUAAGUCAGCAGAAAAAAAAAAAAAACUUAAUAAAAUCAUAAUCUAAACAUAAAUCUCUAAUCUAAACAUAAAAUCAAAUCCCUAAACAUAAAAUCAAAUUCCUAAACUGAACAUAAAAUCAAAUCCUUCAACUCAAAUAAUAUCAAUUCAACCUCAAAUUAACCAUAUCCAUCCAUCGUCAUCCCCAAUUCAACCCUAACGAAGAACACCUCCACCUCCACUCGAACAGCGGAGCACGAGGAACACCUCCACCUCCACUGGAACGGCGGAGCACGAGAAGAGAAGGGAGAAAAUGAAUUCACAGGACCACGAAGCUUCAAAGAAAGUGAAGAACCACAGGGUCAGUUGUCGUUCAUCCACCUCGUGCCCUUCACCCUCACUGUCACGCAAGACUUGUGGCUGUGGGAAAGAGGUUAUUCUCUACCGAUCUCAUUCCAGUAAUAACCCAGGAAAGCUAUUUUGGAGGUGCCCUGAUUGGAGGGUGAAAGGGUCUUGUGGGUUUUUCGAGUGGGAUAGAGGUGUUGCUAAUGAAGAUGAAGAUGGUAUGGAGGGUUCUUCAAAUCUGAAUGAAGACAUUAAUGACAUGAUGGAAAAAAGAAUUGCUAGUUUGAGGGAAGAGCUUCACGAAAUGCUGCAGAAGACAAUGGUCAAGUUAUGUGAAGACAUGAAUGAGAAGGACAAAAAAAUUGAGAGGAUGAAGAUGAAGCUGAAAAGAGAGGGAUUCAAGAUUAAUGUGCUAUUGUUCUUAUUAGGCAUUGCUUUGGCUGUAGCAGUGUCAAAGUUCUUCUAGGAAUGGGGUGUGUUGGAUUUAUGGUUUAGGUUGUCAUGUAUUCUGUUGUUUAUCCUCUUAUGUGUUCUGUUGUUGGACUUAGAGUUUAGGAUGUUAUGUGUUGUGUUAUUGUUGAUCUUUUUAGGCAUUACUUUGGUUGUAGCAGUGUUAAAGUUACUUUGUAUUGAAUGAAAAUGUCCUAUGUAAUGAAUGCAAUCUCCAGAUGAGACAUUAAUACAAUAUGUGUUGGUUGUUUGGAACAUUAAUGCAAC